AUGUCAGAACAAGAAGCAACUAGUAGUUUAUGGGACGAAUUUACUAGUCCUGUUAAUUUAAUAUUAGUGUUUUUUAUUUUAUACCUAUUGUACAAAAUUGUAAAAUCUCAUUUCGAAACUAUUGAACCGGCUGCGCCUGCGCCGCCGCCAAUGCCAAAACUUCAGAAGGACAUGACAGUGGCUGAAUUAAGGAAAUAUGAUGGCAGUGAUCCGGAAGGAAGAGUCUUGAUUGCCGUUAAUAAUAUUAUUUUUGAUGUGACUAGAGGAAAAAGAUUUUAUGGGCCAGGUGGUCCAUACGCUGCUUUCGCUGGUAGAGAUGCGACGAGAGGUUUAGCAACCCAACAGGUAGCUGGAUCAGAGGUUGAAUACGAUGACGUCAGCGACCUCAGUCCUGACGAGCUUGCAGCAGCUAAAGAGUGGGAGGAACAGUUCAAAGGUACAACAUAUUUCUAA